AUGCCCAAUGUCUCCCAUCGUCAGGCCUCCCUCAUGCCCAAUGUCUCCCAUCGUCAGGCCUCCCCAAUCUCCAAUGUCUCACCACACCCAGGCCUCCCUCAUCCCAAAUGUUUCCCCUCAUCCAGGCCUCCCUCAUCCCAAAUGUCUCACCACAUCCAGGCCUCCCUCAUGCCCAGUAUCUCCCCACAUCCAGGCCUCCCUCAUCCCAAAUGUCUCACCACAUCCAGGCCUCCCCCAUGCCCAGUAUCUCCCCAUAUCCAGGCCUCCCUCAUCCCAAAUGUCUCCCCUCAUUCAGGCCUCCCUCAUGCCCAGUAUCUUCCCACAUCCAGGCCUCCCUCAUGCCCAGUAUCUCCCCACACCCAGGCCUCCCUCAUCCCAAAUGUCUCCCCUCACCCAGGCCUCCCUCAUGCCCACUAUCUCCCCACAUCCAGGCCUCCCUCAUCCCAAAUGUCUCCCCUCAUCCAAGCCUCCCUCAUGCCCACUAUCUCCCCACAUCCAGGCCUCCCUCAUCCCAAAUGUCUCCCCACAUCCAGGCCUCCCUCAUCCCAAAUGUCUCCCCUCAUCCAGGCCUCCCUCAUGCCCAGUAUCUCCCCACAUCCAAGCCUCCCUCAUGCCCACUAUCUCCCCACACCCAGGUCUCCCUCAUCCCAAAUGUCUCCCCACAUCCAGGCCUCCCCUCAUCCCCAAUGUCUUGCCAUCUCACGCUGA